GAUCAAAAGAUACUGAAUAUUGUCAAUGGUGGAAUAGUUGAGCUUUUCUCAAAAUUGAAAAAAAAAAUUAAAGAAAAAUCCCGCACCCCAUCGAUCUCUAACGAACAUAGCUGAGAAUUAGGAAGCGGAGUUUAGGGAUUUUGGGAUUGCAGGAGAAAAAGGAAAAGACCUCCCACUUCUAGAAUCUCUGAUCAAACAUUCAUUUCGAGAAGAUUCAGAAGAAGUGUUGUAUGUUGCUUGGUGGCCUGUGAUGGCAACCGACACGACGGCCCCAAGCUACUGGCUGAACUGGAGAUUCUUGCUGUGUGCAAUAUGGAUUGCUGUGACUAUGAUCGUUGCAGCGCUCAUUAUAUGGAGGUAUGAAGGGCGCAGCCCCCCCAGUAGCCGUGCAAAUAGGGAUCAGAGGAACAAGGGCGCGUCUUGGACAACAAGUUCGAGCUCAAUCCAUCCCAUUUGGCUGCUUGUUUUUCGGAUUGUUGCUUUCUGCACCAUGCUAGGAUUGAUUCUUGCUGAUACUAUUCUCCAUGGCAUUGGCAUAUUCUACUACUACACGCAGUGGACAUUCACAUUAGUCACCAUCUAUUUUGGGAUGGCUUCAUCUCUCUCCAUCCUCGGAUGUCUGCAUUGCUGCAUUAAAAGGGAGACGAAGGGGGAUCAUUCCAUCGUUGCAGAUACAGAGCAUGGCCUGUUUGUACCACCACCGGACACCACAAAAACAAGCUUGAACGAAUCUCACAACCCUAGUGUUGUAACUCCACCUAUCGCAGAGUACGCCUUUCAAAUAAUCUUCCAGAUAUGUGCUGGGGCUGUCAUGCUCACUGAUUCAGUGUAUUGGCUCGUACUGUACAGCAAAGAAGACAAUAUAACCUUUCUGGUCGUUUGCAUGCAUUCAGUCAAUGCAGUUUUCCUCCUCGGCGACACCAUUUUAAACGCCCUGAGUUUCCCCUUCUUUCGAAUUGCAUAUUUUGCUCUGUGGACAUGUGUAUUCGUCAUUUUCCAGUGGAUCAUCCAUGCUUGUGUUUCAAUGAGUUGGCCGUAUACCUUCCUAGACUUGUCAUCUCCUUAUGCACCCUUAUGGUAUCUGGGCGUUGGCUUGAUGCAUAUUCCAUUAUAUGCCAUCUUCUCUCUAAUAUUCAAAAUCAAGCGACGUUAUUUAUCAAGAUAGCAAGACUGCGACAACAAUUUUGAGGGGAAAAAGCUCAUCAAAAUAUAUCCUAGAUUCUAGAAGCAUAAAUUGGCUAAUGCUGAGUUGUAUGCCUAAACAAUUUUUUGCCGUACACAACCGGCACAAGUAUUCUGUGACUGAACAUUAAGAAUACAAGGUUAUACAAGGAAUCCUGCUCUUCUUGCUCUCUCGUC